AAAGCCUUCAAGUGUGGUGGCCGGUGGGUUCCUUCACUAUCGCCUCCCUACUCUAGACUCUGGAGUCUCGACAAUAUCGCUGCACCUUGAAUUUCAUCAUCUUUCUCGGCCUCUCACUCAUCUGCACUAGUCUUUCCGCCUCUCAAGUUUCAGACUAGCAAUAGCAUACAAUGGGAUGGAAAGCAGCUCAGAAGCUCAUACAUCACUGGAAGAUUUUGAGAGGAGAUAAUGUAAUGAUUAUUAGGGGCAAAGAUAGAGGGGAAAGUGGAACAGUUAAACGCGUGAUUCGCUCCCAGAAUCGUGUUAUUGUUGAGGGAAAGAACUUGGUAAAGAAGCAUAUAAAGCAAGGGCAAGGGCAUGAAGGUGGGAUUUUUACUGUAGAAGCUCCUCUACAUGUCUCAAAUGUUCAAAUUGUCGAUCCUGUGACAAAGCAGCCAUGUAAGGUUGGGAUAAGGUAUCAAGAAGAUGGAAGUAAAGUCAGAGUUUCAAGAGGCAUAGGGGCAUCAGGGUCAAUCAUCCCUCGUCCUGAAAUUUUGAAAAUUAGAGCUACUCCACGCCCAACAAUUGCUGGUCCAAAGGAUACUCCUAUGGGGCUGGUGGUGGAGAAGACGUAUGAUGUGAAAACCGGGAAGGGCAUGCCGGAUCUUUAAUCACCUCUCACUUUUUUUUUUUUUUUUUUUUUUUUUUAAUUUUUUAAUUUUUAAUAAGAUGUCAAUUUUGGGAUUUUGUUGGUUUACCAAUAAAUUCUCUUUGAAGAUUCGAGUUCAUGGGUUAUAGAAUGACAUAAUAUCUUAAUAUUUUGCGAGAAAUAGAAAUUAUAUUUUUUAAAAUUUUAAGGUUUUGGAGACUGUACAUGUCCGAAUGUGGUAUGUGUUUGGGUGAAGUUGUUUUAUCUUGGAUUA